AUACAGUAUAUCACUCGCUGUUUAACUUUCCUGCCAGCAAGUCUAUUGCUGCAGAGUUCAACUACAGACUUUACAAAAGCAGGAAUAGGACAAUUCAGAUAAGAACGAUAUUUUUGUGUUUGUUUGUUUUGUUUCUCCUUCUGCUGCCUGUUUUGCCUCCUUUAACCAUGUGGAUUUAUAAUUUUUUGCUGAGCCUCGACCUAAAAGGGAUUUUCUUGUUUGGUUUAUUAUUCCUGUUGAUAGCUGACUAUCUGAAGAACAAGAAACCAUCAAACUUUCCUCCUGGACCCAGAGCUCUUCCCUUUGUGGGAAAUAUCUUGAAUUUUGACAGCAAUCAGCCGCAUGUUCAUUUCACCAAGUUGGCCAACAUCUAUGGUAGUGUCUUCAGAGUCCGCUUUGGUUGGGAUACAAUGGUGAUUUUAAAUGGAUAUAAGAUGGUAAAAGAGGCCCAUGUGAUCCAAGCUGAGAACUUUGUGGACCGACCAUACAAUGCUCUGGCUGACAGGUUAUACUCUGAGCCCUCAGGGGGUAUCUUUUUGAGCAAUGGUGAAAAAUGGAAGCGACAGAGACGUUUUGCUUUAUCUACAUUACGCAACUUUGGCCUGGGCAAAAACACACUGGAGCAGAGCAUCUGUGAGGAGAUCCGACACCUCCAGGAGGAAAUAGAGAGUGAGAAUGGUAAACUGUUCAGCCCUGCUGGUCUGUUCAACAAUGCAGUGGCCAACGUUAUUUGCCAGCUUGUUAUGGGAAAACGAUACGACUACACAGACCACAGGUUUCAGAUAAUGCUGAAGCAAAUGUCUGAGGUGAUUUACCUGGAGGGGAGCAUAUGGGGUGAACUCUAUCAGGCAUUCCCCAGUGUGAUGAAAUACCUGCCAGGUCCCCACAACAAAAUUUUCACUAUUUAUAACGGCAUACUGAAUUUCCUACAUGAGGAAAUUGAAAAUCACAGGAAGGAUUUGGACCAGAACAACCCAAGAGACUACAUCGACACUUUUCUCAUUGAAAUGAAGAAUCAAAAAGAGUCCAACCUGGGCUUCACAGAGUGCAACCUGGCUUUCUGCUCUCUUGACCUCUUUGCUGCUGGAACCGAGACAACAGCCACCACACUGCAGUGGGCUUUAAUCUUUCUCAUAAAAUACCCUCAUGUUCAAGGUUGUACAAAAGUUAGUCAAGAAUGUGUAAUUUCCCAGUUGGGUUUUUUAAAGCCACAUGUCUGUGUUCACUCUGCAGGAAGACGUGUGUGCCUUGGUGAAGGCCUCGUGAAGAUGGAGUUGUUCCUGUUUUUUGUUGCCUUGCUGCAGAAGUUCUCUUUCUCUGUUCCCAAAGGAGUUGAACUGAGUACUGAAGGAAUAACUGGCUUUACACGUGUACCUCACCCUUUCAAGGUGUCUGCAAAGGCUCGUUGAGAUAUACAUCAUUCCCAUUGUUGCUCUAGACAUGAAAGUUGAUAUAUAUAUAUUUUUUUCAAUUAUAUGGUUCUAAUUUCUUUUCUAGGUGAUGGUUGUACGUAACAAUAAUUACACAAUACACAUUUUUCCCACUCAGUACUUAAAUGUAUAUAU